CUGUGAAGAUGGCCGCUAUGGGCAGGAACGCUCCUACAUCCACCAACUUCAACGUAAAUAACACCUCCUUGGAGAGCCAAACCACAGACGAUGAUGAUGGCAAGAAUUUAUGGUCAUCUAUUUUGAGUGAAGUAUCAGCGCACUCACGAUCAAAAUUACCAUCCGGGAAAAAUGUUCUUGUCAUGGGUGAAGAUGGGGCUGGUAAGACCACUCUAGUCGCCAAACUUCAGGGGGUGCAAGAGUAUAUAAAAGGGAGGGGACUGGAGUACCUGUAUUUCAGUGUUAACGACGAUGACAUUGACGACCACACGAGGUGUAACGCCUGGAUUUUAGAUGGCGACCUCUAUCACAAAGGCCUCCAGAAGUUUGCUGUGUCUCAAGACAGCUUGGCAGACACCAUCGUAUUACUGGUGGUGGACAUAUCGAGACCCUGGCUAGCCUUGGACUCCUUGCAGAAGUGGGCUAGUGUCAUCAGAGAGUACAUCGACAAGCUAAAGGUUGCCCCGGAGGUGAUGAGGGAAAUGGAACAAAAACUGGUGAGACAUUUCCAAGAGUACGUUGAACCAGGGAGCAACCUAAACAUCUCUCCCCAGAGGAGGAACCCCACAGCGCCCGACACAGAGGAGGAGGGCAUCGUUCUCCCGCUCGGGGACAACACGCUCACACAUAACCUGGGAAUACCAAUGGUGGUGGUAUGCACAAAGUGUGAUGCGAUGAGUGGCCUGGAGAAGGAGCAUGACUAUAGAGAUGAGCACUUUGAUUUCAUCCAGUCUCAUAUCCGGCGUUUCUGCUUGCAAUAUGGGGCGGCACUACUAUACACAUCAGUGAAAGAGAACAAAAAUCUAGAUGUAUUAUAUAAAUACCUUGUCCAUAGGUUAUAUAGUUUCCCUUUCAGCUUGUCUGCCAAAGUGGUAGAAAAAGACGCAGUGUUCAUUCCAUCGGGGUGGGACAAUGAAAAAAAAAUUGCAAUCUUGCACGAAAACUUUCAGACAAUAAAAAUGGAAGACAGCUUUGAAGAUGUGAUUGUAAAGCCGCCUAUUAGAAAGUUUGUACACGAAAAGGAAAUUGUAGCAGAAGACGAUCAGGUGUUUCUUCUAAAGCUGCAGUCCCUGCUGGCGAAACAACCACCAGUAUCUGCAGGACGGCCUGUGGACACCUCCAACAGAGGACCCAGCAGUUCUCCCCGCACAACGAACCGUUCAGCUGCAGCCAACGUGGCCAACGUCAUGCCCAUGCAAUCAGGUGGACAGACGAGCGAGGGUGUCCUGGCUAACUUCUUCAAUAGCUUGCUCAGUAAGAAGACAGGCUCGCCAGGGACAGGUGGCACGCCAGUAAGUGGAGGAGGCAACACACCUGGAACAGUCAAGAAAUCAGGCUCAAAGCUCGGCUUGACGGAUGUGCAGGCCGAACUGGACCGGAUUUCCAGCAAAUCCGAAUUGGACAACUCCUCCCCCACCUCCCCACCAACGCCUCCAACCGAGGGGGAAGAGUCCUGAGGAGGGCAGGGUCAAAGCCCUACCCCCCACACACAUACAUCCUUCCACCUGAGUCUGCCUCUCCCCCUUUCUUGCUCUCUUUUAUUUUUCUUCAAGUGUACCAGACAGAGCAGAACAGGAAACUUAGCCUCUGUGCGGGGAAAGACAGGCAGGAGGCCUCACAUGUUGGCCUUUCACUUUCUGUUUGGAACAAAGAAUGGAAAAGAUGUAAAGGGAAAAAAUGUUGCAGGCCUAUCCCACAGUUGAAUCUUGAAGAUGUUAUGAGAAAUGGAGCACUUUCUGAUGUUGGGUACUUGGCAGCCUAUUUUUUGUAUGCUUUGAUUGUUACUGUGAAGGUUGUGGGUAGACGCCAGCAGUUAGUUGCUGCCAAUCGGCUUUUGUGUUUCUGUUGUUGCACUUGGACCGGAGAGAUGCGUAACUCUCUGAUUAGCAUUAUGGUUUCACCCCAAAACCCUUAAAAGGCUGGUGCUUCUUCACAGCUUGAACCGACAACACUUGGAAAUGCAUGUCUCCAUAGUCAAAAGUCAGAAAAUAAAGCUUAAUAUUAAUUUAACUUUGGGGAAGAAAAGGGAAUGUUGAAUGAGGGUUUAUGUUUUUUUUG